GUGUUGCUCGGCAACCAAGCGUUCGUCACUUGUUUCAUUCGUCAUUUGUUUCAUUCACUCACAAGCAAAUCCACAAGAAAAUGGCUUCGUUCGUGUGCCGCUCGGUUUUCGCUGCAACUCGGCGGGGAGUUUCUACUACCGCUGUUAGGGCAGCAGAUAAAGCUAUGAACGAUCCCCUCGAACAUGCUACAGGAUUAGAGAAACGUGAAAUCCUUGCAAAGCAAGCCGGUCGAGAGGAUCCUUAUGAGAUGCAAGUCUACAAAAGAGUUGCUGGUACCAAGGAGAAACCUAACCUUGUUCCCUCAGUUGCUGAACACCGUGUAGUAGGCUGUGUGUGUGAAGAGGACGCCACUUCUAUCAAUUGGAUGUGGCUCUACAAAGGCGAACCAAAACGUUGUGAAUGUGGCUACUGGUUUAAAUUGAUUGAUUCUAAACCUGUCUAGAAUUUAGAUUAAUCUGAAAGAGCAACCUUUCUAAAUGUAUAGAAAAGAACGAAUAAAAGAAGCAGUCCUGAUA